ACAUGAAAGAAGUCCUGCUGGAGAGAAACCCUAUGAAUAUCCACAAUGGGAUAAAGCCUUCACAUAUCACAGUCAUCUUCCAAAGCAUGAAAGAAUUCAAACUCGAGAGAAACCCUCUGAAGGCUUUCAACAGAGUGAAGCAGUUGCAUGUCAUAGUAGUCUCCAAAUACAUAAAAGAAGAGAUACUGGAGAGAAAUCCUACAAAUGUAAUCAGUGUGAUAAAGCCUUUUUACAACCCAAGUCUCUUCGAAGACAUGAAAGAACACAUACUGGAGAGAAACCCUACAAAUGUAAUCAGUGUGAUAAAGCCUAUACACAAAAGAGUAAUCUCCAAAUACAUAAAGUAAUACAUACUGGAGAGAAACCCUACAAAUGUAAUCAAUGUGAUAAAGCCUAUUCACAACGCCGGACUCUUCGAUUACAUGAAAGCACACAUACUGGAGAGAAUCUCUAUGAAUGUAAUCAAUGUGGUAAAGCCUUUACACUUCAGUCUACUUUGACAAUACAUAAAAGAACACAUACUCAAGAGAAACCCUAUGAAUGUAAUCAAUGUGGAAAAGCCUUUGCGCAUCAGUCUACUUUGACAAUACAUAAAAGAACACAUACUCAAGAGAAACCCUAUGAGUGUAAUCAGUGUGGAAAAGCCUUUGCAUAUCAUUCUACUUUGGCCAUACAUAAAAGAACACAUACUCAAGAGAAACCCUAUGAAUGUAAUCAAUGUGGAAAAGCCUUUGCACAAAGCAGUCAUCUCCGAACACAUAAAGUAAUACAUACUGGAGAAAAACCCUACAAAUGUGAUCAAUGUGAUAAACCCUUUUCACAACCGAGUCAUCUCCGAAUACAUAAAAGAACACAUACUGGAGAGAAGCCCUACAAAUGUAAUCAGUGUGAGAAAUCAUUUGUAUCUCACACUCAUCUUCUAAUUCAUGAAAGAAUUCAU